AUGGAGAAACAGCAACACCACCACCACCACCACCACCUUCAAGAUCUCGAAUGUGUUCCUCAGAAACCCAUUUCUCGCAAGAGAAACGCUUUUAUCGUCAGAAUCUUAUCGACGUUAUUAGUUUCCACCACGGUGCUCGGGUUGUGUACUUAUUGGUAUCUCGAUAUUCUUUGUCCAUCAGCUCAUCAUAACAAAUCCCUGGUUAUCAAAUCAUUGUCGUCGCCUCCUCCUCUGUUGGUCAAACGGUCCUCGUCCACCGCCGCGGCGUCGGUCGAUAUGACUCCUGCAACCUGCCCCUUGGCGCCAAGAGGCCAAGAUAAUGCUGCCAACUACGUGCAGGACCCUAACUCGUACGGAGGGUCAGCAUACUUCGCCAAGAUCAUGGACUAUACCCAACCACGGAACCGAGCCAUCCAUGCAGCAUACUACGACUGGAACGCGUUGAACAAAUUCAAACAAUCGGAAUUCUACACCUCUCAUAUCAACAAACGGUUGGUUUCCAAUGGUGGUUUGCCAACCACCGUCACCGUUAGCAACGGCUCUAAAAUUCUUGAUUCUACUUCCCCAAUCUCUAACUCCACUACCGAUUACUAUAACGCUUAUGUCGAUUCCAAACUCUCCAAUACCAAUGGCACCUACACUUAUGGGAACACCACGGUAUACGUGGGGAACUCUACGGUUCCUCCUAAUGUCACCGCGGUCGAAUAUUUGACCGGGGGACGUGAAUUGGUGUACGUUCAUUCUCACAAUGAUUAUACCAGGAAAACCCCAUUGUUUGAUGCCCUCCAGCGUGGUUACAAAUCAGUGGAAGCCGAUCUUUGGUAUUUCCCUGGCUCCAGCUGCGAUUACAAUUUGGCGUCGCUAAAAGAAUUCGCCCUUGCCAGUGAUUCUGAUUUCACCGAUUGUGCCGGUGAUUUGGCCCCAUUGUACGUUAGUCAUAAAGAUUCCGGGGUGAAACGUGCCAAUACUUUGAAAUCAAUGUAUUUGGAUACCAUUGAAAUGCUUCUUGAUGAAAUCAACGAGUUUUACGGGAUCGAGGCCACCGCAGCCCCGGAAGAAAAAGCCGGGGUGUUUUUCGACUACCCCACCGAAUCAUUGAACGUGUUGUUGGAUUUCAAACAUAAUGGGUUCCCAACUUACAAGCUCGUCAUGAGAACCAUCCAAUCAUUAAUCGAAAAGAAUUAUGUCAGUUACUACGAUUUCGCCACGAAUACGAGAGUUCAAGGACCAGUGACCUUUAUUUUAUCCGGAGUGGCCCCAUACGAUUUACUCCAUAUCGAGGAUACUUAUCGUCAAGCGGCUGGUAAAGGGAAGCGAUACGUUUUCAUCGAUGCGCCAAUGGCCGAGUUAUCCGACAAUACCGAUCCCACUAUGGAUUACUCGAUUCUUGGGGAAUACACCUCGAUGAAAUUUUCCGAUGCCAUGCCUUCAAACUAUUUGGCGAGUAACCAGACUUUAACUUACCCCACCGUGGCAAAAGUCAAGCCAGUUUUCGAUGUUGCUCAUAAAUACGGUUUGAAGACCAGACUUUGGGGUAUGAAUCAUUAUGGGGAUGAGAAAACCUCGGAUAUCAAUGUUUCUUUGAUCAAACAGUGUGGGUUGAAUGUGAUGAAUGUCGAUGAUUUGGAUUUGGGGGUUGCGAUGUGGAAAGAGGCCACCACCACCACCGUGAAGUAUACCGAUUAUGGUGUCAAUUGA